GUUCAAGAAAGUAGAACAGAAGAAUCCAAAACAGAAGAACUUGAAAAUGAAAUAGCUGAGGAUGAUGAACUUAUUAUCUCUGGAAAAACAGAUCUUGACGAUUUAUUGCAAAAGUUCAAAGGACUACAAUAA